GAGCGAGCGCAUCGUAGCAACGAAAGCCAUCAUCGACUCGAGCGAUAGGACUCGACCCCACUCGCACAGUAGGCAGUCCCCACCUGCUGCUCUACUUGUGCAGCCGUCGCAUCUCUUACUGCUAUAUAAGCGGUGCGCGACCACGGAAGGCUUCAUUCCAUCGACGACAUUCGGAGCGAGCGCAUCGGAGAAACCAAAGCCAGCAUCGACUCGAGCGAUUGGACUCGAACCCCGCUCACAGUAGGCAGCAUAUUGUUCGUCGCUCUACGGAACUGAUCAUCGCGUCAUCCAUCCGGGCUCGGACCUAACAGUCGGACCGACAAGCCAGUUGGUUCACUCUCAGAUUCGUUGCUCGAAUCCACGAUGUCGAGCCAAGGAUCCGACAACGUGUUAAGUUACGACAAUGGCGCAGUGGAGGAUAGCAGCUCUCGGCGAAGCGAGUCACCGGAUGUUAUCUAUAUUUCAAGGCCGAAAGUUACCAAGCGUGAUCUGAGAAAUGAACUCAAGUCCCAGAAAGCUCGCAUUGCCUCGCUGCUGGACGAAAUCAAAACCUUGCGAGAAGAGAACGAAAAGCUGCAUAAAGCGAACGCAGAGAUUGUUGCGGUCGAGGAAAAGCGCGAUGGCAACGAUCAAGAGAAUCUUCGAUGUGACAGGCAAGCAGUUGAUUCAACUGAGAACAGGGGACAGGCCAAACUACUGUUAAGUGUACAUCAGCUAUCGGUUUCAUCGUUGAAUAUACCGGAGUGUGAGCCGGCUACUGAAGGUGAUGGUAUACAGCGGCAUUCCUUUGAAAUGUGGCGCGAUCUUCUCGUCGAUUCGAUGAAGUUACUUGGCAUCAACGAUGAGUCCACUAUGUUCACUAUUUUCAAAGUGAAAGCGGGACAGCAGCUACUCGAUAUUUUCAAAAACACAAAAUCGGACCAAGACGCACCAGAUGCAGAGGAGUUCCCGUUUUCCAACGCUUUGCAUAGGCUCAAAUCGUACUCCGUACUGGGUCCGGCUCGGACGUCUUGCUUCAAAGACGGAAGCUUGCGGUGA